AUGAAUAAAGUUUGUUGGCCUUACUUUGAUCCUGAGUUUGAUAGUCUCACUGAAAGAAUAUAUGGCCCACCUUGCCGAGUCAGCAUUGACAAUGAGAGCAUGGAUGGAUGCACAGUAGUGAAGGUAGAUAGUGUUAACAAACAAGGUCUUCUUUUAGAAGUGGUGCAAGUUUUGACGGACAUGAACCUUCAAAUCUACAAAAGCUUUAUUUCAUCUGAUGCUGGCUGGUUCAUGGAUGUGUUUCAUGUUAGAGAUGAACAUGGCAACAAACUAACCGACCAGAAAGUCAUCAACUAUAUCCAGCGGGCAAUAGGAAGAUCAAGAGGGUUUUCAUCUCAAUUAUCCUCACAAAGCAACAGCAUCAUCUAUAAUCCGUACAUGACCACAACAAAUUCCUACUCCUACAACAACAAUAAUGUCUUCCCAUAUGAUGACCACCCAAAUGAGCAGCAUACCGCCAUCGAAUUGACCGGAGCCGACCGCCCCGGCCUGCUCUCGGAGAUCUCGGCUGCCCUAACGGACCUCCAUUGCAACGUAGUUGAGGCUCAUGCAUGGAGCCACAAUGCCAGGCUGGCAUGUGUGGCCUACAUUUCAGAUCAAUCCACGGACACGGCCAUCGAUGACCCUAGUCGUCUGGCAACAAUCCAGGGUCAUCUCACCACGGUGCUUAGGGCAACUACGGACCCUAAUGAAAAGGGUCUGGAUAGUAGCCCUAACCACCCUGAUGUGAAGACCUCGGAGUUUCUUGGUGGCGAAGGCACCAUGACGACCGUGGAGAGGAGGUUGCACCAGAUGAUGCUUAGUGUUAGGGACUUUGAGAGUCCUUCAACAAAAGAGAGAAGGAAGAGAAUGGUGAAGAUUGAAAGCUGUGAUGAAAAGGGUUAUUCAAUUGUGAGCAUAGAUUGUAAGGACCGUCCAAGACUCAUGUUUGAUACCGUUUGCACCUUAACGGAUAUGCAGUACGUCAUUUUCCAUGCUUCCAUUAGCUCCCAUGAAGCCUAUGCAUUUCAGGAGUAUUUCAUCAGGCAUAUAGACGGAUAUGCUUUGAACACAGCAAGCGAGAAGGAAAGAGUAAUUAACUGCUUAGAAGCAGCCAUAGAACGCCGGGUUUGUGAGGGAGUUAGGCUAGAAUUGUGUGCAGACAACAGAAUAGGGUUGCUUUCUGACAUAACAAGAGUUCUGAGGGAGAAUGGUGUUGUUGUGGUGAGAGCCGAUGUAGAAACUCAUGGAGACAAAGCUGUGAAUGCAUUCUAUGUGAGAGACAUAUCAGGGAAAGAGGUUGAUAUUGAUUACUUCAGUAAGUCUCUGAAGAGAGAAAUGGGUCCAAUAUUCACCCUCCAUGUCAAGAAUGAGACUCCUAUCACCAUGAGAAGAGCAAGCUCAAACUCAUCAUCAUCAAGUUCAAGCUCAUCAGGCUCUGAUGAUGAAUGGUCUAGUCUCUCUUUUGGAGGCAAAUUAAGGUACCGUAUAGGACAACUUUCUCAUCGCUUGAUUCAUGUAUGA